AGCAGAGUAACAAAAAGAUAAAAAAGGUGUGGCAUUUAAACUUGGUGUUUACAUGUUGUUGUUGAUAUUUCGGUGCUUAUCGCUUCCGAUUUUAAUUUUACCAAGUUACUUUAGCAUAGGAAAACAGAUAUUUCAAAGUAGGAAAAAUGAUGUGAUUUAUCACUUAUAUUAAAAAUUGAAUUUUUAUAUUCGUUAAUUUUAUUUAAUAGCUUCUGUUUACUAUUAACCUUGCCUAUACUUUGUUUUCUUUUUAACUACUACAAUCGGAAAGGACUGCUCUUUGAGAAUGAUUAGUUUUAGAAUAUUGUUUACAUUUUGCCUCUCCAUAUAUUGUGUACAUUCUCAGACAUGUCCGAAAAACUGGAUAGAUUUUAAAGACUCGUGUUAUAAAUUUACCAGAACACCUUUACAGACUCGUGAAGGGGCAGAAGAUAUGUGUAGGACAUACAAUGCAGAUUUAGUAGCUGUGAAUACUCUAGAGGAACAUAGUUUUAUUAGAAGUUGGUUAAGAGAAAAUGAUCCUCAACAUCGCAGGUGGUUCACUAGUGGACGAGACGACGGAGAUAAUGUUUGGAUUUGGGAUAAUGGAGGAAGCUUGUUUAGUGACAUAGACUCCUUAUUUUUGCCCAUGCAAAAUGCUUCUUUUCUCCGCUUUGCCGCUUAUAAUUACUCUGAUUUGGCCAAUAAAUGGGGUCUUCAGAAAGUAGAUUCUACUGAAUUAAUGGCUUACAUUUGUGAAAUUUGGAAAGAAAAUCUGAAUCAAUUAAUAAUUACUGAACGAGAUAUUGAUUACGGUAUUGUUGUUUUUGAUAAAGAAAAGAUUCCCAGAGGUCCUUAUUUUAUACAAGAGCCAGAGGCUGUUAUUUUUGACCCAGGUUCUCGAAAACAAGUUAAUAAUGUUGCCCUUAAAUGUGUUGCAGCCGGCUUCCCAUCACCAAUCUACAAAUGGUACAAGGAGGAAUUUAAAAAUGUUCUAGUCAGUGAACUUGUUGACCCAUUAAGUGAUCCCCGAUAUACUCAGACUGAUGGUACUUUAAUUAUCAGCAGUCCUCAACAAAAUAAAGACAGAGGGAAUUAUCAUUGUACUGCUGAAAAUGAAUUUGGAGUUGUUGUUAGUCAAACUGUGCAAUUAAGUUUUGGAUAUAUUGGAGAAUUUAAUAAGAAGCGAUCAUCUGACCGAGGAAAAAAAAAUCGUGGGAAAUCUUUAUCUUGUGAUCCUCCUCAACAUUAUCCAAGAGUGAAUUAUUAUUGGACAAGAAAUCACUGGCCGAAUUUUGUUCAAGAAGAUCAAAGAGUUUUUGUUUCACAUGAUGGAAAUUUAUAUUUUUCUUCCCUGGAAAAUGUUGAUGAAGCCCUAUAUUCUUGCAAUGUCCAAAGCACCAUAAGUUCAAGUGGCCGUAAUGGUCCAUCUUUUCAAUUUUUUGUUGAGCCUGCUUCUAGUGGAGAAAAAUUGUUUUUCCCAAACAAUUUUCCAAAAGCUUUUCCUGAUGCUCCAUUGGCUGGUGAUGAUGUUCGCUUAGAGUGUGUUGCUUAUGGAUAUCCUGUUCCAAAGUAUAAUUGGACACGUAAAGGCUUCACCAAUGAACUACCGCUAGGAGCUUAUACUGAAAAUUAUAACCGUGUUCUGAUGUUACCAAAGGUUAGAGUUGAAGAUGUUGGUGAUUAUUUUUGCUUUGCUAGCAAUGGUAUUGAUUCAGUUACCAAAUCAGUUCCAUUACGGAUUCAAGCAAAACCUGAAUUUACAAUUCCAUUAGAGAAUAAAGUUGUAGACAAGAACUCUAAUUUAGUUUGGACAUGCGAAGCAUUUGGUAAACCUGAUGUUACAUACACCUGGUUAAAAAAUGGAAAAGAAUUGAUCAUAGAAAAUCUCAAUCCAAAUGAUAGAAAUAGAUAUAAUAUAUAUGAAAAUAUUCUAUCAAUUGAUGAAGUAUUAGAGAGAGAUCAGGGCAUGUACCAAUGUAAAGCAUCAAACCAGUUAGGUUCAUCAUAUUCUUCUGGGCAGCUCAGAAUCAUAACUCUAAAACCUUCUUUUGCAAAAUAUCCUAUGGACAAUGAAAUGUUUGCUGCAGAAGGUGGAAAUAUUACAAUUCCUUGUCGUCCAGAAGCAGCCCCUUUCCCAGAAUUUACUUGGAAGCGUGAUAACUAUGGCCUUAGUUCUGUGGGACGAAUAAAAAUUUUACCAAAUGGCUAUUUGCACAUUAAUCCAGUCAGAAGAGAUGAUGAAGGCCGUUACUCUUGUAUUGCAAAGAAUCAAUAUGGAUCAGAUUAUACAGAGGGAUUAUUGAUUGUUCUGAGUUUACCUCGAAUGGUUGAUGCCCCUCAUCCAAAAGUUAAAGCAGUUGUCAAUGAUUCAGCUGAGCUUGCUUGUCAAGCGUAUGUUGGAAGUGAUAUGCUUGACCUGGCUUACAUAUGGCUUCAGAAUGGAUUACGGAUAGAUAUGGAAAAAGAAUCAAUAUUUUCUGUGGGUAGAUUACCUGGCUAUUUGAGAAUUGAAAACAUCACUCUUGCUGAAGCUGGAAUAUAUCAUUGCAUUGUUAAAACUGCAGUUGGUAGAAUUUCAAAGUCAACUGAGCUGGUGGUUUUUGGACCUCCUGGAGCACCUGGGGCUGUAUUAGCUGAGGAUUUAACAGCAACUUCUGGUAAAAUCCAUUGGAGCGAUGGGUCUGCUAAUGGUGAUCCAAUUACAGCUUAUACUAUUGAAGGCAAAACAAAUCAUAAUUCCACUUGGAUAAUUUUAAAAGAAAAUGUGAAAACCUUUAAGAAUAGACCAGAAAGUGGUAGAAGGGAAAUAUUCUUAUUUAGUGUUUUGUCUCCUUGGAGUAUAUAUACAUUUAGGGUUUCUGCUAUUAAUGGUUUUGGCAAAGGUGAACCUAGUCAGCCGAGUCCAUUAUACAACACUGCUAAGGAUCUUCCCCAUGUUGCUCCAUCAAAUGUUGGAGGAGGUGGUGGUAAAACAGGAAGUCUAACAAUUACUUGGGAUCCCUUGCCUCCUCAAGAUUGGAAUGAUAAUGAAAUUUGGUAUAACAUUUCUUACAAACCUGCCAAUUCAGAUACAAAAUUUCAAGAAAUAUCUCUCAAAAAUCGACACAAUAUUGGAUUACAUGUUGUUAAUGUUGGUGAAGAAAAUUAUUACAAGCCUUAUUUAGUCAAAGUUCAAGCCAUUAAUAGUUUAGGACCAGGGCCAUAUAGCGAAGAAGUACAGGUCUAUUCUGCUGAAAACAUGCCACAAGUUCAACCUUCAGGUGUUUAUGCACUAGCUUACAAUUCAACUGCUCUGAAUGUCACAUGGUCACCUUUGGAAUUGAAUCGUGAGAAAAUCCGUGGAAAACUUAUUGGUCAUAGAAUUAAGUAUUGGCAAAUUGGAAAAAACCCAGAAAUUGAUUCUCUUAUAUUAUUGAAAAGAGGACUUCUGAAUUGGGGGCUAAUUGUUGGCUUGCAACCUGAUACAGAAUACUAUGUUGCUGUAAUGGCAUAUAAUGAUGCAGGAAGUGGAGUAGAAAGUGAGCCCUUUUUAGCUCGAACAUUUAAAGCUGCUCCAUUACGACCACCAACAAAUGUCAGAGUUGAAAGAAUCAGCCCAACUAGUGUUUCAGUAUCAUGGCGAGGUGUAUUACCAUCAACUGAAGAAGAACCAAUAAAAGGAUACAAGGUUCGCUAUUGGGAAUCUGACCAAGAUAUGACAAGUGCAAAAGAAGUUUACAGAUAUUUGGAUGGAAAUGACUUGGAAGUUGUAGUAUCUGGCCUUACUAUGGGCAAAGUUUACAAGCUUAGGGUUCUAGCUUUCAGUAAUGGAGGUGAUGGCAAAAUGUCAUCUCCUGUUCGGGAAUUUAAAAUUGGUGAGGCUUCAGCAUCAUAUCGAAAAAGUGUUGCAUCUCUCAUUAAUUAUGAAGCUGGAAUUUGUAUAUCAAUUACAUUUUUCCUUAUAUUUAAGCAUCAUUUUGUAUUUGGUCUGGAAGGUUAACUUUAAACAAAAAACUGUGAUUUUUAUACAAGUGCCUUUGCAGUGUGUUCUAAUUUUUCAUUGUUUUUUCUUUUGUAUUAUGUCUGUGUUUUAAAACAUCAGUCAUCUAUUUUUCACAAAAAUUCAUAAGUUUUUUUCUAAGCAUAUUCAUUUUGAAACAAUUGGGAAAUCUCAUGGAUAUAGUUAUUGUUGGUAAUGGAACUAGUGAUAAAUUUUGUACAUUUUUCUUUAUAACCGAGUGAUUUUUAUGACAAUGAAAUAUUUUGAUUUUUGAUAUUCAUAUUUUGGAGUUUUUUUUAUUAUCUGUUUUAUAUGUCAGUGCUAUUAUUUUGCAUCUGGUUUGGAAAUUUACAUAUUUCGAAAUUCCUUUUUAGAUGUUUCAGUUUCCCAAUAUAAUAAUGAGUUAAUAAAUAUCUUUAUUUUGCUGAAAGAUGGCAUGACAUUUUUUAAUUAGUUUUAGUAUUUGAUUUAAUGAGAAUUCACAUUUAUUCAAUUAGUUUUUUAUUUACUUUUCUGUUGAAACUCUAUAUUUAAUUUCAAGUUACAUAAAUUUUUAUAGAUUUCAUAACUUAGAGUAAUUUAUGAAUUUUAAUCAUAAUAGAAUUCAAAUCAUAAUUUACAUAAAAUUUUUAUAUUCUUUUAUUGUAAAGUGAACAGUAAACGGCAUUAAUUCAUUUGUCAAGUAUGAUAGAAAAAUAUAUGGGACUACAAUACUUUUUGCUUUAAGCUAUCAAAAAUUUGUUUAGAUAGACUUUUUCACUUCAUAUAAAUAAAUAUAAGUAUAAAUAAGAUAUACUAUAUAUUUUGAAAUUUACUGCAAUUUUUACUUGUAAUAUUAUUUAAUAAUAUUUUAAGUGUAUAGAUAUUCUUGAAAUCAUUAUUAUCUUCGCUAAUUUGUUAUUUUUUUUAGUCUUCAUGAUUAAUCAUAUUACUUAAAUUAAUAAAAUGAUAUUGAGAUUUUAAUUUUUUAAGGAAUUUAUUUUGAGGUGAGCUGUAUGGCGAAUAUAAUAAGAAAAUGUACCUAUUUUGCAAUGAUUAUAGGGACCAUAUAUGUCAAAUUUAAGCUGUGUAUGCAUAUAGUUAUUUGUAUAUGUGCAGAUACAAAAUAUUCAAGUUAUAUUUCUCCCACAGCUAGUCACUAUGCAAUAGUUUUAUACUAAGCCAGCCUUUUGAUAAACAGAAUAUCUUUGCAUGUAUAUUGUUAUAUUGUGUGUAUUAUAAUUUUACAAUUUUAAAAAUUAUACAUCUAAGCACACAUACACUUAUAUAUAAUCAUCAAAACAUCUUUAAUAUACAUAGAAGUAUACAAAUGUUUGCUUUAAUGUUAAUAAUAAAUUUUCUUAUUUUUGUUAUAUGUAAAUAGCAUUUCGAAAGCUAUGUGGCAUUACUAUUUGGUAAAUUAUAAAACAAAUAUUUAAUUUUCAGAGAGCUUAAAAAUAAGUAUGCUUUUUUUAGAUCUUAGUGUCAAAUGUAAUAAAUAUAGCAGUUUUAUCUACUUUUUAUUCUAUGGUUGAAACAUUAUUUUAUGAACAUUCUAAAUAAAUAACUUUUUUAUGUACCUCCUUUUAUGACUUAUCAUAUAGUGUAUCACAGUCAUACAUACUUUUUUGUAAGGAGUGCUUCAGUGCGUUCAUAUCCGUCCACUUUGUGCAUUGUUGUAUUCCAUUUUUUGUACAGUUUUCUGUUAAUGAUGAAGUACCUUUUUGAUAUUUUCUUUUCUUUAAAAUCCGUCCAUUUGAAAGAGUUUUACUAUUUCAUAUUAACCUAGAAAUCUCUUUUUUUCCUAUAUUUUCCCAAAAUGUAUGUAUUUUUAAAAUUUAUUUUAUUUAUUGUUGAUUUUGUUCAGUAGAUCUGAUUUUAUUUAUUACAGAUCAAAAACUUUAUUUUUUUUUUAAAUUAAUUUUUUUGUUUGUCUGAAUAAUUUGAUUAAGAGCUUUAUUAUGCAAUUUACUGCUUAUACUUUUUUCGUUUUUGUUUUGUGGUCAAACUGAAAUAUUCUAAAAUUUGAUUUUUUUAUGAUUUGUAUUUUAUUUUAAACAUUCCCAUGAGUUACUGUAUCUUACAUUCGUAUUAUAUUUUUAUUUUACGAAGUCAAGUAUUAUUGAACAAUUUAUUUUCAUGAUAACAUUAUUUGAAUGACAAUAAUGCAUAGAUUAAAAUUUUAUGGUUGAAAUAAAAAUCCCAUUUAUUUACUAAUAAAAGAUUUUUCUAUAUAUAACAUUAGGAAAAUAAUUUAUAUACAUUAUACAAUUACUUGUAUUCCGACUACCCUGGCUAUAAACUGUAAUUUUCAUUCCACCGCAUUCUCAGGGAGAGAUAUAAACCAAAUAUAACCGUUUAGUCAAAUUAUAAUUAAAGAAGUUAAGAACUCCCUUUCAUAUUUAUAAGCGUUAUUAUGUUAUAAUUAGAUUUUAUAAUUUCAUUAAAAUUUUGAAAUGCUGCAGAUGGCAGUACAAAAAAUUAAAUUGCUCAAACAAAAAGAAAUAUGUCACUAUUAUUGUCUAUGUUUUAAACAAUUCAAUGACUGAACAUAUUAAAAAUACUCUGUGGAAUUAAACUUAUUAUAUUUUAUAUUGACAGAUUUUAAUGUUUAUAAUUUCAAUGAAUGAAUUUUUUUUGAAAUUUAAAAUGUUUAAGUUAUUUAAUUAGAAUAAUUGUUUAAUUAAAAAUUAAAUACUCUCUUAACUUUUCCUUAUUGUUAUUGAUUUACCAUUUUACCUGAAUAAAAUGUAUUUGAAUAAAA